CAAAUAAUAAUAAUGAUAAUAUAAAAAAUACAAUCUUAAAACGUAAAAUAACACAGAGGACGUACUCUUACGUCACUUCCGCUACACCCCAAGUUCCGUGUCAGGAAAAGUUGUCAGCAUUUAACGCUAACUUUGAGCUUUAGUCCCUGGUGUUCCUAAGAUGUCUUCCGGCGCUCUGUUCCCCAGCCUGGUGAGCGGCUCCAGGGGCAGCUCCAGUAAGUACCUGGUGGAGUUCCGGGCUGGAAAAAUGACCCUGAAGGGAAACGUGGUGACUCCAGACAAACGUAAAGGAAUGGUGUACAUCCAACAGUCCGAUGACUCUCUCAUCCACUUCUGCUGGAAAGACCGGACCACCGGCAACGUGGACGAUGAUCUGAUCAUCUUCCCUGAUGACUGUGAGUUUAAGAGAGUGUCUCAGUGCACCACAGGUCGAGUCUACGUGCUUAAGUUCAAGGCCGGAUCCAAGAGGCUCUUCUUCUGGAUGCAGGAGCCAAAAACUGACAAAGACGAGGAGUACUGCCGUAAAGUGAACGAGUACCUGAACAACCCUCCGAUCCCAGGGGCCCCAGGCAGUGGAGGGGGCAGCGGGCAUGAGCUUUCUGCCCUGGGAGGAGAGGGCGGUCUGCAGAACCUGCUGGGAAACAUGAGCCACAACCAGCUCAUGCAGCUCAUCGGGCCCACGGGCCUGGGGGGACUGGGUCUGGGAGCUUUAGCCGGGCCAGGACUUGCCAAUCUCUUGGGCAGUGGUGGACCAGCGACCAGCAGCUCCUCCUCCAGCUCUCGUAGUCAGUCAGCCGCUGCCACUCCUUCCUCCACCACAGCGCCCAGAGUCAGCUCCACUCAGGCCACACCCUCUGUGACCCCUGCUGCUGCUCCAGCCGCCACCACCGGAGGCACUACUCCCACUACCCCAGCCUCAGCGGCGCCCCCUGUGGCCCCGGCCUCUGCGGGCAGUCCCCCUCACCAGCCCAUUCAGCUCAGUGACCUCCAGAACAUUCUGGCCACUAUGAACGUCCCAGCGGGCGCUCAGGGAUCUGCAGUGGACCUGGCGAGUGUGUGCACCCCAGAGAUGAUGGCUCCAAUCCUGUCGAACCCGGAGGUGCAGCAGAGGCUGUUGCCGUUCCUCCCGAGUGGAGAGAGUCUCCCCCAGAGCGCCGAGCAGAUCCAGAACACACUCAGCUCGCCUCAGUUCCAGCAGUCCAUGAGCAUGUUCUCCAGUGCCUUGGCCUCGGGGCAGCUGGGGCCUCUCAUGAGUCAGUUUGGGCUGCCCGCUGAAGCCGUGGACGCUGCCAACAGAGGAGAUGUGGAGGCGUUUGCCAAAGCCAUGCAGGACAGCAAAGGAGAUCCCAAAGACAAGAAGAACGACGAUGAAGACAUGGCCCUGGACUAGACCUCUGCUCCUAGCCUUAAAUACAGUUCAUGUGAUUCAGCAGGGUUUUCUGAGCGUUUGUGUGUUUAUUUAGUUGUCUGAUUCUGUGAAAAUAACUGUUCGUUUCACUUUAAAAAAUCAUUAGUAUAAUUAAUAAGCCUAAUUCCAUUGUUGCCUUAAAUCCUUCUACACCGACGGCAACUCUCAAACUCAGGACAAACUGUAGCAGACGCCUGUUGUUUUGUCCCUGUGCCCAGUGUUGUGUCCGUUUUCUACGACUCGAUGGAGAAAUCAGGCUCACAGCGUUAGCGUUUCUUCAAGUUUGAGCCUUAAGUAAAACAGUAUUCCCAUGUUCUGUUCACUGUUUCUGAGCCUAUGUCUGUAGUUAACUUUGACAGGGUAUUCUUUAUGUUUGGGGAUUUUGGUGAUUCAUUUAAUAAAAUUAGCAAAAUAAA